AUGGCAGUGAACGAUCAAGUGACAAGACUACGAAAGACGGGAGAGGGAUGUGCAGAAAGUGAUGAGGAAAUUUGCGAAGUACUGAACAACAGUCUCCAUGGAGUGUUCACAACCGAGCCUGAGCAGCUUACAAUCACAGCCCCUCAGCGUACCUCUAGCAGCACAGCCCCUCAGCGUACCUCUAGCAGCACAGCCCCUCAGCGUACCUCUAGCAGCACAGCCCCUCAGCGUACCUCUAGCAGCACAGCCCCUCAGCGUACCUCUAGCAGCACAGCCCCUCAGCGUACCUCUAGCAGCACAGCCCCUCAGCGUACCUCUAGCAGCACAGCCCCUCAGCGUACCUCUAGCAGCACAGCCCCUCAGCGUACCUCUAGCAGCACAGCCCCUCAGCGUACCUCUAGCAGCACAGCCCCUCAGCGUACCUCUAGCAGCACAGCCCCUCAGCGUACCUCUAGCAGCACAGCCCCUCAGCGUACCUCUAGCAGCACAGCCCCUCAGCGUACCUCUAGCAGCACAGCCCCUCAGCGUACCUCUAGCAGCACAGCCCCUCAGCGUACCUCUAGCAAAGAUUCAGAGUGA